CCCCCCCCUCCCUCACUCCCUCACUCCCUCACUCCUGCUGGUGCUGCUGGUGCUGCUGCUGUUCACCGGGAGCUCGGCGGCUCGCUCCCCUUGCGGUGCCGGGGCUGCGGAGGGUCCCCCCACCCCACGCCAGCAGCAGCUGAGCCCGGGCUGCAAUGGGGUGCUGCACAGGACGCUGUACCUUCAUCAUCCUCUGUACCUUCCAGCUGCUGGCAGCAUUGGAGAGACAGAUCUUUGAUUUCCUGGGUUACCAGUGGGCUCCCAUUUUGGCGAAUUUCCUUCAUAUAAUCGUGGUCAUUUUGGGCCUGUUUGGGACAAUUCAGUACAGGCCGCGCUACAUUGUGGUGUAUUCUAUCUGGACGGCCUUGUGGGUGGCCUGGAAUGUAUUCAUUUUCUGUUUCUAUUUGGAAGUUGGAGGACUCUCAAAGGAUAGUGACCUGAUGACCUUUAAUAUCUCCAUGCAUCGCUCGUGGUGGAGGGAACAUGGACCAGGUUGUGUGCGGAAGGAACUGACUGCAGCAGCCAGUAAAAGCCAAGAUGAUCGCACUUAUAUCUCAGUGACAGGCUGCAUUGUUGACUUUCAGUAUCUUGAGGUUAUUCACAGCUCCUUCCAAAUACUACUGUCACUGAUUGGCUUUGUCUAUGCCUGCUAUGUGAUCAGUAUUUUCACCGAGGAUGAGGACACCUGUAAGUACUGAAAACCCAUCCAUCUCUGGAUCACUCUCGGGUCGAAGUAAAUGACAGACAAUAAAUUAUCAUGAAUGACUAGGCUCCUGCUGAAGAUGUAUUUCAAACUACAGUUCCGAGUCAAGAGAAAGCAUUAUCAGGUGUGGGCACGUACACCCACAAAAUAAUUCACUUCUGACCAAAACUCAAGUCAAGGACUAAUUUUUAGGCAUUUCCAAGUCAAUUAUGAAAUGUUACUUGGUUCUGCUUACUGACUGUUUCUUGUCCUAUGCUGUACAAUAACUGUAUCUAAUAUGGAGCAUCCAGUUAAAACACAUAUACUGAAGCAACCAAUAAAUUCAGUACAGUCAAGUGAUUUGUUUCAGGUAAAAUCCACUGUGAAACAGAAAACCAUAAAACUGGACUUGUGCUGAAAGUGAAUUUGAUGGUAGCAACUGUUUCUCUGUAGCAUAUUUAAAUGAGUCAGUUUUCAACUUGUACAAAAAUGCCUUUUUUAUGGAUAAUUAAUUCUUAACACAUUUGUAAGGUGAUGUUAGCACCCCAGUAUUUUGUAGUCUUGUGAAUGUUACAAACAUCUUAUGGGCAUCAUCUUUUAGGCCAAUCAAUGGAUUAUAGGUUAGAUGAUUAAAAGAAAUCUUUUAUUCUUAUUAUUGCUGUGUUCCUCUCACUGAAGUAGUUGGAAACCUUGUUCAUGUUCUUUUGUUCAGUAGAGCAUGUGGCACGAUUGUAAUAUCCACAUUGAUAAAUCCAGUCUAUUUCAUUCCCCAUUGUUUCACAGCCCAUUGAAAAUUGUCUUUAUAGCCUUCACUUGGGGCACAUUCACAGGCAGCAUCUAAACUCCAAAGCCUAGAUGUUUGGCUACACCUGAAAAAGAAGCGUGCAAGACCAGGGCUGCAUGCAUCUGCACACUUUGGCGCAGCAAGGAAAGGCUUCCCCCAACACCACACUCCCUGCAUAUCCAAGGCACGGCUCUCAGGGGAAAUUCAUAGUCCUGAAGAAAGGUUACACCCGAAACGUCAACAUUUUGUGGGUGGCACGGUGGCACACUGGUUAGCACUGCUG